UUCGGUCGGGGUGAGGACGAUGCUCUGCUAGAUAUUUGACAAUUUUGUUAAUCGUGGUGAAGAUGUGUUUCAAUAAAGGGGCAUAAAAGCUUUAUGGUCGAUUUGAGCGCUAAUCUGCCUGGUGGCUUUAGUUAAACGAGAAUAUGACCGAUUGCAACAUCAGUGUUUCGGUCCGUGUCCGAGAGCUCAUCAAACGCGAGUUGAACGAUGACCUCAAGAAACAUUGGAAAACAAGCGAAGAUAAAUCGUUGUUCCAGCUCGAUCCUGGGACUGGUAAUGCACUUUGUCAACCAUAUGUCUUCGACAAAGUAUAUAAUGAAGCUGCAACAAAUGCAGACGUUUAUUCAGGCACUGUUGAAGAGCUGGUCAACUCUGCAAUGGCCGGCUUCAACACUACGAUAUUCGCCUACGGUCAAACAUCAUCUGGCAAAACGCACACCAUGCUGGGCAACGACUCGGAUCCGGGCACCAUCCCGCGCGUGGUGCACCAGAUGUUCGACUGUAUCGAGCAGACGCCCGACCGCGAGUACCUGAUCCGAGUCAGCUACAUGGAAAUCUACCGAGAGGUGGUGGAUGACCUGCUGUCUGAGGGACCGCGUACCUCCAAGGGACUCCGCAUUCACGAGGAUCCGCAGGGCCAGGUGUACGUAUCCGACCUUCGUGAGCAGUGUGUCAACACGCCUGAGAUGCUGCUCAGCCUGAUGCGCCGCGGCGAGAACUUUCGCCACUUUGGCGUCACCAACAUGAACGAUCGCAGCUCGCGCAGUCACACCAUCUUCCGCAUCAUCAUCGAGUCGCGCGUGCGUGAUGAGGACGGAGAUGAGGACGCCGUGGUGGUGUCCCACCUGAACCUGGUCGACCUGGCCGGCUCGGAGCGCGCGCGGCAGACCGGAGCCACCGGAGACAGGUUCCGCGAGGGUUGUGCCAUCAACUCGUCUCUGUUCGAGCUGGGGAACGUCAUCAGCAAACUCAGCGAGGGCGCCCCCUUCAUCAACUACCGCAACAGCAAGCUGACGCGCAUCCUGCAGACGUCGCUCGGAGGCAAUGCCAAGACGGCCAUCAUCUGCACUGUGACUCCGGCCGCCAUCGAGGAGACCCACUCCACGCUGCGUUUCGCCAGCCGAGCCAAGACAAUCAAGAACAAACCGCAUAUUAACGAGGUGAUGUCCGACUCGGCUCACCUGAAGCGACUCAAGCGCGAGAUCCACGGACUGCGGGCUGAACUGCAGCAGGCCAAACAGACCAACCGCGCCACGGAGGUGGAGGAGAUGCAAAUCGCCCUGGCGGAGGAGAGCAAGCGCAACACAGAGCUGCAGGAGCGGCUGCGACAGCUCACCGAGAAGUUGGUCGUCAGCUCGGCUCCCAGCGAGAAACCGCAGCUGCUGGCCGCGUCCCAGAGGAAGAAGCGGCGGAUGACGUGGUGCGGCUUACAGCGCAGCCGCCAGAGCCUGGCACCGUUCCAGCGGCCGCUGCUGCUGCCACCUGUGGCCGAGCGGUCGGACUCGCAGUUCGCCGAGCCGCCGCCAGACGAGGCGGCCGGCUCUGUGUUCGUCGCGGACGGGGCCGGGCCCGCGCCGCCGCCGGUCAGCCGCGUCACGUGUAGGAAGCGGCGCGCAACCAGUAUGGACGCGGCGCCGCAGCACUCGCCACCCAUCAGCGUGGACGCGGCGACGCAGACGGUGGAGCUGCCCCCGCCCCCUCCGCCGCCGCUGCCAAUCGACCAGGAGGGUCGUCACCGCAAGAGGCGUCGCGCCGGCCUCCACCUGGCUGGAUCCGAGAACCGGCUAGCGCCGCUGGACGACAUAGCAGAGGAGGGACAGACGGCUGCGGCAGACGAGGGCGGCGAGGUCGAGCUGCUGCGGAAGGAGGUGGAGCAGCUACGUCAGGAGCGUCAGGAGGCCGCCAGCGCUGUCAGUCGCCUGGAGCAGGAGCUGACAGCGUCGUCUGACACCGUUUGCCGUCUAGAACAGGAACUGACAGCCUCCAAGGAGGAAGUUCAGCGGCUGUCUUCUGCCACUGAACUGGCUGACACCGUCUGCCGUCUAGAGCAGGAGCUGACAGCCUCGUCUGAUAUGGUCUGCCGUCUAGAGCAGGAGCUGACAGCCUCCAAGGAGGAAGUCCAGCGGCUGUCUUCUGCCACUGAACUAACGGACACUGUCGCCCGUCUAGAGCAGGAGCUGACAGCCUCGUCUGAUAUGGUCUGCCGUCUAGAGCAGGAGCUGACAGCCUCCAAGGAGGAGGUUCAGCGGCUGUCUUCUGCCACUGAACUAACGGACACUGUCGCCCGUCUAGAGCAGGAGCUGACAGCCUCCAAGGAGGAAGUCCAGCGGCUGUCUUCUGCCACGGAACCUACCGAAACUGUCGCCCGUCUAGAGCAGGAACUGACAGCCUCCAAGGAGGAAGUCCAGCGGCUGUCUUCUGCCACUGAACUAACGGACACUGUCGCCCGUCUAGAGCAGGAGCUGACAGCCUCGUCUGACAUGGUCUGCCGUCUAGAGCAGGAGCUGACAGCCUCCAAGGAGGAAGUCCAGCGGCUGUCUUCUGCCACGGAACCUACCGAAACUGUCGCCCGUUUAGAGCAAGAGCUGACAGCUUCGUCUAACAUGGUCUGCCGUCUAGAGCAGGAGCUGACAGCCUCCAAGGUGGAAUUCCAGCGACUGUCUUCUGCCACGGAACUUGCCGAAACGAUCUCCCGUCUAGAGCAGGAACUGACAGCCUCCAAGGAGGAAGUCCAGCGGCUGUCUUCUGCCACUGAACUUGCAGACACUGUAACCCGUCUAGAGCAGGAGCUGACAGCCUCGUCUGACAUGGUCUGCCGUCUAGAGCAAGAGCUGACGGCCUCCAAGGAGGAAGUCCAGCGGCUGUCUUCUACUACGGAACUUGCCGAAACGGUCGCCCGUUUAGAGCAGGAGCUGACAGCCUCGUCUGACAUGGUCUGCCGUCUAGAGCAGGAACUGACAGCCUCCAAGGAGGAAGUCCAGCGGCUGUCUUCUGCCACUGAACUAACGGACACUGUCGCCCGUCUAGAGCAGGAGCUGACAGCCUCGUCUGACACGGUCGCCCGUCUAGAGCAGGAGCUGACAGCCUCCAAGGAGGAAAUCCAGCGGCUGUCUUCUGCCACUGAUCUUACGGACAUCGUAACCCGUCUAGAGCAGGAGCUGACAGCGUCGUCUGACACCGUCUACCGUCUAGAGCAGGAGCUGACAGCCUCCAAGGAGGAAGUACAGCGGCUGUCUGCUACGUCGGAUAGCUCAGAGCAUGACCGAUCUUUGGCUGAAACUGUUCGUCGUUUGGAGGAAGAGCUGGCUGCCUCUAGGGCGGAGAACGAACGUCUGGCGUCCGCACUCGAGGUGCAGGCGGAACAACAGACAACCGCCUCGGCCUGCGGCACGCAUGAGCCGCAGAGUGGGAUGCCGGCUGGCGAGGAGCAGUCCGCCCUCGCCCUGCGACUAGAGGAGCAGGACCGCACGCUGCAAGCGGCCGCUGCAGACAGAGACAGACUAGCCGACACAGUGCAGCGUCUGGAAACGGAGCUGGCCGCGGCCAGGGAGGAAGGCCGUCAGCUGGUCUCUGCGUCUGAGGCUGCCGAGCUGAAAAAUACCAUCGAGCGACUCCAGUCGGAGCUGGCCGCCGCCAAAGACCAGCCACGGCCUCUUGACUCGACGUCGUCAGACGAGAAGAUGGAGACCGAUGACAAUCUGGUGGCUAACCUACGCGAAAUCAUCGUCUGUCUGCAACGGCAGUUGGCUGACGCUAAGGAAGUAACUCAGCGCGAGGCUUCCACGAGUCCCGAGACGUCCGUGCCGGCCACGGCUGAGGUACAGAAAACCAUCGCCCGUCUGCAGCAGCAGCUAGCGGCAGCUGAGGAGAGACAGCGGCUAGCGGGUGCCAUCGGAGCUCAGAAAAUGGACGUCGGAGCCGAGGAAACAGAGGCCGGAGCUCAGGAGGCGGACGCGUUAGCUCAGGAUGCGGCUUCCGGAGCUCAGGAGACGACUGUUGGAGUUGAGGAGGCGACUAUGGGAGUUGAAGAGACGGACGCUGUAGCUCAGGAGACGGAUACUGGAGCUAAGGAGACGGAUACAGGAGCCGAUGCGACGGCUGUCGGAGCUCAGAUGACCGCUGGCGCUGAGGCGACGGAUACUGGAGCUGAGGAGACGGACGCUGUAGCUCAGGAGAUGGCCGUCGGAGCUGAUGAGACUGAUAUUGGAGCUGAGGAGACGAUUGCCGGAGCUCAGGAGACGGACGCUGCAGCUCAGGAGACGGCUGCCGGAGCCCAGGAGACGGACGCUGUAGCUCAGGAGACCGACGUCGCUCGGUUGCAGGAGACCAUCGUCAGCCUCCGACGGGAGCUGGCGGCUGCUCGGGCCGAAACGGAGCAGCUGAUGGUGACUACCGAUUUGCAAAGGGAGAAUGACGACGCCGUGGCAAUGGAGACGAUCGACAAUCUCCGCCGCGAGCUGGAGACGGCCAGGGAGCAGGCGGAGCAGCUGCUGACGGCAGCGACGGACGAGUCGCUGGAGGCGCUCAACGAUGUGCGCCGAGAGAUGGUCAUUGAACGCGACCGACAGAACGAGGAGCGGAACCUGAUGCGCCACGAGCUGCAGAUGGCCAGACAGGAGGUGGCGGAGGGCGCCGCUGAGGAGCUGCAGGAGGCGGAGCAGGAGCUGGAGACCGCGCGUCAGGAGAUCGAACGCCUGACGGAGGCCGCUGAGGAAGCUGAACGAGCGCGCGUUGCGCAGGCAGAGGCCUUUGCCGCGGAGAGGGCCGAACUCGAGAGAGGUUUUGGCGUGGUACAACGCAAAGUGGAGGAAAUGGAGAGGUCCGUCGCCGAACAGACUGAGCUUAUCCUUCACCUGCAAGCUAGGUGCGCCGCCCCGCCGGCCGCCGAUGGCCAGCCGGAGCCGACUGUAGAGGAACACGCGCCGCCAGAAGACUGGCCAGAAUCCAACUCCGACUCCGAGCCUUCCGAGAUCGACGACUCCGAGCCUUCCGAGGUCGACGACUCCGAGCCUCCCGAGGCCGCGCGAGAGAUGGAUGCUGAGGUGACGACGGCGACACAGCGCCAGGAGGAUGAGAUCGCAACUCUACGCCGGCGUAUAGAGAAGCUGCACGGGGAGCUGUCCGCGGCUAUCUCCGAGGAGAAGUUCCAGGCAGCGGUGGACGAGCGGCUGCGCGGCGUUGCUGAGGGAAAACUGCAUGAGGAGCUAGAGGAUCGCCGAAAAACGCUGGCGGAGGCGGAGCAGGCGACCGAGCUGGCGCAGGCGGAGGUGUCGCGCCUGCAGCGUCAGCUCGAGGCGUCCCGGGCGGAGCUGCGUGUGCAGGUGGAGCAGACGCAGCGGCAGGCUGAACUGGAGCGCGCCGGUCUGCACAGGAAGCUGGACAAGGCGUGCGCUGAGCUGGCCGCCCUGCAGGCGCAGCUGGUUACAGAGGCGGAGGCGGCCGCGCAGCGGUCCGCCGCCGAACAGGCGACCGCUGAGGAGGCGCGGCGCCGUGCACUGACCGAGGACCCGCGCCAGCCGGCGCCGGCGCUCGGCUCUCCCAGCCUGAUGCCGCCGCCGCCGCCGCCGCCCGGGCCGGCGGACGCGGCCGACGCAUCCAUGAUGGACAUGUCGCUAGAUGUGACUGUCUCAGGACUGUCCCUGUCGGCGCUCCGUCCGCCAGCGCCGCCCGCCGGCGAGGCCGUCUCGCUGUUCGACGAGCUGCAGUCGCUGCGCCGACGCUCGGCCGCGCCCACGCCCGCCCCCGCCGCCGCCCCGGGAACACCUGGCUGUAACGCGUCCCAGCUGCUUAGUGAGAGUAUCGAAAUGGACGAGUCAUUGGCGGCGGGCUCGCCGGCUGGUGACCGCUCGGUCUCGGCCGGCCGCUCGGCUCUGGCCAACCAAUCGUCGCUGAGUGAGGUGUCCGUGCUGACCCCCGGCGUGACGCUGGACCGCAGCCUGUUGGCGGCCGACGUGGCGGCUGUGUACGAGGAGCUGCGGCGCCUGCAGCAGCAACUGACAGCCGGCGGUGACUCGCCCGAGCAGCGGGUUCGCCAGCUGCAGGCGGAGCUCGAGCAGCGGGACGAACAGCUGCGGCAGCUGCAGGCACAGCUGGAUCAGCUGCAGCGGCCAGCGGAGUCGGAGGAACGAGCCGAGAACGAGUCUGCUCUGUCGGUACCUGAUUUGUCACAGCUGAACGAUCACUCAACAGCCGGUAUGAGUCUGACUUUGGAAGAUGAUGGUGAGGAGGGUCCUGCGGAGCGGAGCGGAGAGGACGAGAAGCCUGCCGACGCAGAGUUGUCUCAGGAGGCUCCUGACACCGCGGACCGGGCCGAAGUGUCACCAGACUUGGCCUCGGAAGUGGCCAAGGCGCGCUCGCUGCUUGCCGAGCUGGCUGGCCUGCCGGCGGAUGGUGGCGCAUCUUUGCUGGAGCUUAUCCGAGCGCUGCCCCGUACUGACACCGCCGCCGAGUCAGACGCCGGCGUAGACCCGAACGUCACCUGCAGCGGGCCGGAGCCGGCGGAAAUGACGUGCGUGGUACAGGCGGCCGAUCUCGACCUGACGUGCGCGGACCGACCGCAGUCGGACCCAGAGCCGAGUCCCAUGGAGCUGACCUGCGUGAUGCAGGCCUCCCAGCUGGACCUGACGGCGGCGACCGGCUCUGACGAGAGCGCCGCGCCGCUCGAGAUCAGCGUUAUGGACAGCGGCGAGCAGCAGGCACCCGAGGAGGUGACGGUUCAGUUCGGCGACGCCACGCUGGCUGAUCUGUCCCUCGCGCCUCAGCCCGAGCGGCCGGAGCCGGGGACGGCUCUGCGGCAGUCGCGUCAGGAGACGGACGACGUCAGGAGGCAGCUGUUACAGCUGACGGAGGAGCACCAGAACGUGCAGACGCAGCUGGCAGGACUGACGGCGGAGAAGCGGGCGUUGGAGACGCAGCUGGAGACGGCUUCGGCGGAGAAGCAGACGCUGGAGUCUCAACUGGAGGUGGCUUCGACGCAACAGCAGACGCUCGAGACGCAGCUGGAGACGGCUUCGGCGCAGCAGCAGGCCAGUGACCAGGUGGCGGAGUUCCGGGCUCGCGUGGAGGAGCUGACCACCGAGAGGGACCGGCUGGCGGCUGAGCGAGUGGCGCUCGAGCGCAGAGUCAUGGUCUCUGAGGAGGACGCCAGUGAGGCCGAGUCGCGUCUCGCCACCGUCGAGGACAGCACAAAGAAGAUCGAGGCGAACGUGUGGAGUCUGCUGUCCCAGCGUGACGAGCUGUCCGCUCAGCUCGAGCAGGUGACCGUGGAGAAGGACAGCCUGGCCGUGGAGCUGGAGGCGGUGACGGAAGAGCGGGAGGACGUCUCGUCCCAGCUGAGGGAGGUCACUGCCGAGAAGAGGAUGUCGGUGCGUCUGGAGCGCGUCUCCUCGGAGCAACGAGCUGCGGCUGAGCGGCUGAGCGCCGUGACUGCCGAGCGGGACGCCGCCGCUGCGCAGGUCACAGAGCUGACGGAGGGACACCAGGAGCUGCAGCGCCGUAUCGAGGAGGCGCGCCAGCAGCAGGCUGAGAUGGAGAAGCAGCAGCAGCAGCUGGCGGACCAGGACCCGGCCGCUGGCGAGACAGCCGAUCAGCUGCUGCGGCGCCUGGUGGCCGCGCGCGCCAGUCUGGCCAGCGCGCGCGCUCAGCAGGCUAAUGAGCGAGACGUGGCCGCCGGCCUCCGUCAGCUCAACGAGCAGUGUCUGGCCGACAACGAGUCGCUGCGCGCGGCCACGGCGGCAGCCGAGCAGCGACUGGCUAAGCAGACGGCUCAGCUGACCGAGCUGCGCGCUCAGCUGGCCGGCCUGGAUGAGCUGCGCGAACAGCAGCAUCGCGACAGCCGCGAGUGCGAGCGGCUGCGGCGCACACUGCAGGAGGCUGAGGACACCGACCGCGAGCUGACUGCGCUCUCCGCGCGGCUGGUGCGGGCAGAGGAGGCCGCCGCCGCCGCCCGGCGCGCGCACGAGAUCGCCGAGCGGAGCGCCGCCGACGCGGCUGCCGCGCUGGCCGCCGCCACCGCCGGCCAGGAGCAGCACGAGGCGCUUCUCUCCGCGGCUGAGCAGCGCGCCGAGCGGGCCGCCGCCGAGCUGGCUGAGGCCCGCGCUGAGGCCGCGGAGGCGCAGCAGCGUGCUGACGAGCUGGCGCCGCGCCUCUCGCGCGCCGAGGCAGAGCGGGACGAAUGCCGCGCGCUGCUCUCUGAACUAGAGGAGCGCACCGCGCGCGAGACGGAACGGCUGGCGACGGCAGCGGCCGAGAGCAGCGGUGACUGCCGGCAGGCGAGCCGCGAAAUCAGUGACCUGCGCGAGAUGCUAGCCAGUCGCCAGGAGGAGCUGCAGUCGCAGGCCGCCUGUCUACAGAAGGUCCGAUCCAAGCGGCAGGAAGCCGAGAAACUGGCCGAGACGCUGACCGGCGAGCGUGACGCGCUGGCCGCCGAGAAGGCCCGGCUCGAGUCGGAGCUGGCUGCACUGACUGCCGAACGGGACGAGCUGACCGCCACCGGCGCCGCGCUGAGGGAGGAGCUGUCUACCGUGCGCCAGGCCGCCGACGACCUAAAGACUAAACUAUCUGAGACGAGAGGGCGUCUGGAGCGACUGCAGCACUCUGCGUCCGAGCGUCAGUCGCAGCUGCAGUUCGAGCUAGACGAGAGGGAGGUGGGCCUUCUGCACGUCCAGGAGGAGCACGAGCAGCUCCAGCAGCAGCACAAGCAGCUGCAGCAGCAGCACGAGAGCAGCAGCAAC